GACGACGGAGCUGUCAAACACCAACAGUCGCCUGAAAUAUUAUUCCGGGCGGUACAAAAUAGAGGAAAAGAAAAACCCCAUCUCUUUUGCUCUUUUGGGGGAAACAAAGACAAAAAGAAACAGACUCCGAGUUCACUUUGAGAAUUCAGCCAAUUGGGAAUGUGGACUUUACAACCGUCGCGACGAAAAACUUCUUGUUUUGUGUGUGUUGGUGGCGGAUCUCAGGCUAAUGUCUGUCAACGUUAGCUCUUGGUUUAGCUCGAGUUUUGUUGACAAACUAGCCAUUCGGCUAGUAACUGAGCUAGCUGCGCUACAAACUUUGUUGUUUCGGGGGCCAGCUUGCCGUUUGCGAUAAAUGCUUUCCGGGGAAGGCAUGGAACCCAGCCCGAACUGUUCUUGCCAACAUCUCUGUGAAAUAAAAACAGGUCUCCAAGGACUUACUAUACAUCUGUCAAAUAUGUGAAGUCCCUCUCAUCCUGGUGGACUCCUCAGUUACAAGCAGUGAGGACCUAGACUAGUAGGAAACAUCUUGGACUCAGCCAGGGUUUGUCACCGAGGGUGCCCUAAACAAAAUUUAAAACUGAAGUCUAUGUGUGUGACAUAUUUUUUCCCAGUACACAAACUGAGUAAAUUCUGUGCUGCCGUGGAACCCUCGGCACCAUUAAAACAAUCUAGUCCUCUUGUCAUGUGGAUAUAUUACAGAAAAAGGCUCAUAUUACCCUCACUGGUAUCACCAUCUUUCACAUCACCAUGGAAAGGAAUAAACGCAAUUCCAUCGCUGGGUUCCCUACACGACCUGAACGCUUCAAUGAGGACAGGGACGGUUUCGGAGGGGUAGGGGUCGAAAUGGGCAUGUGCCCUCCUUCACAGGUGGGCAGGGUGUGGCCAUCAUCCUACAGGGCCCUCAUCAGUGCCUUCUCCUGUCUUACACGCCUUGAUGACUUCACCUGUGAGUGGAUUGGCUCCGGAUUCUUCUCUGAUGUCUUCAAGGUACGCCAUCGAGCUUCAGACCAAGUUAUGGCUCUAAAGAUGAACAAGCUCAGCAGCAACAGAGCUAACAUGUUGAGAGAGGUCCAACUAAUGAACCGGCUUUCACAUCCACACAUACUCAGGUUCAAGGGAGUGUGUGUCCACGAGGGGCAGCUUCAUGCUCUGAUGGAGUACAUCAAUGGUGGAAACCUGGAGCAGCUUCUCGACAGCAACAAGCACCUGAGUUGGCCCACCAGGAUGAAACUGGCCUGUGAGCUUGCCAGCGGUCUGGCCUACUUGCACUCUAAAGGAAUAUUCCACCGGGACCUCACCUCCAAGAACUGCCUGAUCAAAUGUGAUGACAGUGGCUACACAGCAGUGGUUGGAGAUUUUGGCCUCGCGGAAAAGAUCCCUACUAAUCUUGCUGAAGGAGAGAAGCUCUCAGUCGUUGGUUCUCCUUUCUGGAUGGCUCCAGAGGUGCUGAGAGAUGAACCCUACAAUGAGAAGGCUGAUGUAUUCUCCUAUGGAAUAAUCAUGUGUGAGAUCAUCGCAAGGAUCCAGGCUGACCCUGACUUCCUACCCCGCACGGAGAACUUCGGCCUGGACUACCACAUGUUCCAGCACAUGGUCGGAGAUUGUCCGCCUGACUUCCUCCAGCUGGCUUUCAACUGCUGCAAUAUGGACCCUAAACUCCGUCCAUCCUUCCCAGACAUUGUCAGUCACCUGGAGGAGAUUCUCGCACGCCUUAAAGUCGAAGAGAUGGAGCAGGAGUGCGUCCCGCUCAGUGGGGACAACGACAAGAAGACCAUGCCGAAAGGUGAGAAGAUCCAGGGCUUCAAGCGACUGAACCCUCUCGGUUUCCAGGAUGAAAAAAUACCACCGAAAUCGCCCCGUCCCAGAAGAAACAUCUGGCUCAGCCGCAGCCAGUCAGACAUCUUCUCCUGCAAACCAUUGAGAAAGGUGAACGUCCAGGACCCUUACUAUAACCCCCCCACUACUCAGCGAGCCUCCAAAGCGCGCAAGAUCAACCCAUUCACCGCCCGAGAGGACCUGUGUGGGGGCAAGAUCAAGUUUUUCGAUGUGCCCAGCAAGUCUGUCUUCUCACUGGUGUUUGACCUUCACUCACCUCCGGGGAGCGCGUUCAGUAACCAGCCGUCUGCUCACGGACCUGCGGGACCCCAACAGGAGGCGUCUUAUUACUGGCAGCAGCUGCCGGGAAGACAGUGUCACUCCUUGCCAGUGUCCCCCCAGCUGCCCCGCUCCGAGGUCUUCCAACUCGCUGCUGCUGUUAGCACCAAUAACAACGGUUCUCUUACCUGUAACUCCGGGCAGCUGUCCACAACACUGCCAGCGGGCCUGACUGGAAAUGACGUCCGACAGAAACCAUUGCUGGGUGGCUGGGGGAAGAAGUACGUUGUGGUUGAGAUCCCACCUUACUGCAGGCAGAGAGGAGGGGAGGAGGAUGGAGAGGUGGAAGGUAGAAAGGAAGGAAACAAGGAGGAGGAUGACUUGUUUGGGGAGAGCUGGUCUCCGAUGGUCCCCGGCAGUGAGAGAGACGGCGGAGAGGCGAUGGACUGCUCCUGCAGCCCGGAGGAAGAGGAGGAACGAGAAAGAGGGACAGACACCUGCCAAGCGUAACAGAUUCAAACCCACACGCUCACCUUGAGGAGAUGACGGGGAGGAUGUGGUAGUUUUGGACGAGAGAUGGGGACUCUGACUCCCGACUGUGAGGACAUGACGAGGAUUUUUUUUUUUUUUUUUUAAGUAGACUCACAGACUGGACACAUUUCAAAGAUUCUCGAAAAUUCGAUGUAAAAAGAAAAGUAAAAGCACUUGAUUUUAUCUCUCAAGUGAAUGUAUCACAUAUGUUCCAUAAAUCAAGCACACCUGAUUUAGAUCGAUAUUUUUCAAAGCUAUUAUCUCCCAGGCGUGACAGAAGAAGGUGUGACGGUCCCCAAGGUAACACAAAAAAGCUUUUAUCAACACUUUGGAAUAGAGAUUAUUUUUUGAAAGGUUGUUUAUAUUUACUAUUGUAAGAUGAUGUAGAUUUUUUUCCUUCAAAGUUUUGUAUAUUAGGCGCCUUCUCUAUGACAAGGGGUACUGAAGAUCGUUUUUGUUGCGUAUGUGUGAGUGUUUUAAAAAUCAAAAAUAGCUUUUGAUACUUUGACCUUGUGUUCCUUGUCAGACAGACGCUUAAACUAAAUCAAAAAGAACCUUAUCCACAUCUUUCUGAAUAAUGACAUUGUGCGCUGACAUUCAGUGGAAAAAAUUAGAGAUGAUUUAUAAUACAGUAAACGUGCGCCUGAGACACAUCACUCCUGAGACCGAUGUUUAAUCUCAAGUCAUCCUAGCAACCUCAAACUUGACAACAGUGGUAGAAUAUUUUACACCAACAGUUUCCCUCCUUUAAAGUCAAAAUGGAAAAUUCAUUGAAACUAUGGGCUCCUUUUUAAGGUGGGAAAUCAAUCUGAUGUCAAACUUACAGGUAAACAUAAAGGCAAGCUGUAAUGUAAGUUAUACAUGAACUAAAUACACAAAAAAGAUAAUUCGCUUUGUCAACAGUCUGCAAAGAUGCCGGUGAUUGAUGCUGAAAGUUCCCACAGAAAGUUCCCACCAAGGAGUGUAAUGCGGCCCCGUUUGCACGUGCUGCCCCAUGCAUCUGAGGUUUCACACUGCCAGUGGUUAAAGUGAGGCCAGUAAAUGAGAAAAGGAGACCAGUUUAAAGGUUUCCUCUAAACUGUGUCAAGAGUUCCAACUUAAUCAUAGCGGCUUGAAGAAAAAGCACACAACAGUCUUCUGACGAGAGAAACAGCACAACCUGGUGUUUCAGUUCCUUCCAUUCAGAUAUGCCAGAGUGCUUGAUGUUGGCUCUUCCACUCUGCUCUGAGAAAAACAUCCAAACCAGACGGAAGGCUCAGCUGUGUUUUUUGAAAAACAUUCAAGCAUCUGCAAAAUGUUUGUCCUAUCACACAUUAUAAGUACUUAGUACAUUUUAUUGAUCUUUGGCGUAAAAUUGCUCCUUCAUUUUCUUCCUGAAAAUGAAGUUUUCCCUAAAAUUCAGUGUAUAUUUUCUUCUAAUUGGAGCAAAUUUCCUUUAAGUUGAGUGUCUGGUCUUCAGAAACACUCUCUUAUGUGAUUGCCGCUAACAUUUGGUUGAAUUUGCUUCAUUAAAUUGGUGGUCAUUUUCUACUUUUAUUAACACACUCCGAUGAACAUCUAAAACAGACUUGGUCUAAGAGUUCCUGUUUUCUUCGUCACUAUGUUUUAGUGUUGUCCACUUCCUGUGCUUCCAUGGAUGUGGAGGAGGUGAGACUUGAGAGCCGAACGUGUCACAGACGAGGGUUAAAGCAUUUCUUCAACUUUUAAUGAAAAUUAAAAACCACUGAGUCUCAUUGGGAAGGUUUGUCAAACAUCAAAACCGUUGUCAGUGUUGAUCUGAAUGUGAUCAGAUUUUUACAUGUUAAACAUGAACCAUGAUGAACCAUGUUCGCUGCUGCUCCAGCACUUGUUUAUGAUCCCCUUGUUACAUUCUGAUGAUCUCAGCCUAAUCACUCCAUGAGGAACUAAAAUGCACUUGUACAGUGAUCUCCUAGUAACUACUUAUCACUACUUUUCUAUGCAAAAAAUGUAACUUUAUCACACUGUUUUACAGGAUAAAGGUUCUAAUUUGGUAUUUAUGAGAAAAACAUUUUUAAUGUCUUUGUAUAUUUGUGUAAAAAGUUUGUGUUACCUACCUUGAUGAGUACAGAUGUUUUUGCUGAUCGAAUAACAAAGCUUCCCUGAGUUUUACUUGUGUUCGUCUCUUAUCCUUUUUUUUUUUUUUCCACGUUGAUUUAACUAAAACUCUGACACUGUGAGUGUUUUUCAGAGCCCGAACCACCUCACCUGCUACUGUAUCUGGAUGGAUAGAGACCAGCCAGACAGUAGCAGUAGUACCUAUGGUUUACCCUCUAGCAUCACGAAAUCUUGACUGAUUUUGGUUUAGCGUGGGAAGCACGUCAUCCGAAGCCCUUUUGACCUAAACAAAGUUUUUGUCGUAAAAUAAGUGACGUGUCAGUUUUAAUAACCUGACUUUAAAUUCUUUUUCUCAUGUAUUUUUAUUUAGUAUAUCAUUAAUAUUUCUGUCUGUGUGGUAAAGUCUCCUAAUGUGCAUCAUUGCAUGUCACAACUAUAAAACAUGUAAAAACACAUUCAUAAAAACAUCUCACAGGGUU